AUGCUGGAAGGAGUGGGCUUCCGGAGGUGGCGUCACCUUGGUAGUGAGCGAACUCGGAGGAGAUUGGUGCUGGGAUUCACAUGGUGCGCUCUCGCACACCUGUGGCACAGCCAGAGAUGUGAGUCUUUCGCUUUCGGUCCUGCAGCACCACCGACCUCCGCUCCUGAAGAAGUGGAUGGUGCGGACGUGUUGCUGUUGGGACGAGAAUCCUGGUGCUUCAACCGAUGGCGGGCAGAGACUGAUGAUGUCCGCGGCGGAGCGUCCACUGCACUAUUGAAGGGCUUAACAGACGCCAGUGGAAAUGCUGAAUUCUGCGGCGAGCUGUCGUCUGUGCAGGAUCCCUUUGCCAGUGUCUCCCUGCAGGUCGCAGCGCUGCCUGAGUCACUCUCGGAGAUGAAAGGCUUGGUUCUGGACAUAGCCGAGGCAGACGGGUCAGAGUAUGCCGUCGGAUUGCGGAUGCUGGGUGCGCCUGCUGGUAUUCAGCAUGCCUUCGUGUUUACAGCCGAAGUGGGUCGUCUGGAGAUGUACUUUCGGGACUUCCGGCCAAUGAUACAGGGGCAACCACAGCCCGAAGACAAAACUCGCUUGGUCUUGGAGCGCGUAGAGUCAAUUACGAUCCAAAAGCGAGGAAGCCACAAGGCUUCCGAAGGGUCCUUUUCACUAGUGCUGCGGAGCGUGUGCGGCCAAGGGGCAGAAUUGGAGCGAGCUCGUCUUCUAGGUCUUCAUGCUGUUGUCUGUAGGUGCGUGCUGAACAGUCACCUAGGUUCAUGGAAUUCCAGGGCGUGA